CCCACCAUCUCCUGCGACUGACGAUGCCUCGCACAGCAUCACCACUACGAUGCCCGUUCAACAGCAUGUGCUGAACUGGCUGUACAGCGUCUUGACAAGUGAAUAUCACGAUGUCAACCGCACGUACGGCGACGUGGCCACGGUCCUCGCGCGAUAUCCGACACUUGCUCCUCGAACCGACGUCUAUACGUUUCCUAAUGGCGCCAGCUCCCUGCUAGUCCAUUUGACGGGCACGAUCCCAACCCUCUUUCGAGGCACCACAUAUAGGUUCCCCGUCUCAAUAUGGGUGCCCCAUGCGUAUCCGAGGGAGGCACCGUUGGUGUAUGUCACCCCAACAGAGACCAUGAUGGUCCGUCCGGGUCAGCAUGUCGACCCUCAGGGCCAGGUCUACCACCCAUAUCUGGCUGGUUGGGGCGAUUUCUGGGAUAAAUCAAGCCUAAACGAUUUUCUUUCCGUCUUGAGCGAUGUAUUCGCAAAGGAACCGCCCGUUAUCUCACGGCAGCAGUCUCGACAGGGUGUCCAGAGUCCGCCUCCCGCUCAAAUGCCACCUCCCGUCACCCCCCACCCCCCAGAAUUACCUGCUACUUCGGCGCCUUCUCCGGGAGGACUAUAUACAAAUCAAGGAGAACCCCGACCGCCGCCGCCGCCUCCCAAACCUCAUCAGGACACUCGCUCACCACCGCCGAUUUCAUCACAUUCUCAGCUCUCUUCUCCAAGCCCUGCCAGCAGUACAGGAAUACCAUCAAGAUAUGAAUCAGCUCCGCCUCUCCCGCCACAGCCACAGGUAUCUAGGCCGCCAUACCAGCCUCAUGGUCAAUCUCUCCCCCAGUACGCGAACCAUCAGGGGCCAAGCCCUCAAUCUCCUCCUCAGCCUCAGCCGCAAGGGCUGCCGCAACCUCAGCCAUUAGGGUCAAAUGUUGGAUAUUCAGGUCAAUUCCAUCCCCAAGGACAAGCACAGGGCCAGGGACAAUGGCAGCCACCCCAUCAGCAGCAGCAAGCAUGGGAUAGGCCUCCUGCUCAGCAGCAGCAGUGGCAGCAGCAGCAACUGCAACAACGGCCCCAGCCCCCUCCCCAACCAAGGCCGCCACCGCCUCCUCAAAAUCUCCUCGAUGAUACGCUCAGCUUGGAGAUAUCAUCUCAUGGCAUCGAAGCACCUCCUAUUCCUCCGAACCCCGAAAAAGAUGCUCUUCUUAGGCAACUGGCCCAGACUUUGGCUUCUAUCCGACAACGCAGCCGACAACAGAAUGAAUCUAGCAUGGCAGGAUUAGGCGCCCAGCAGAAUGCCAUGUUAUCUGCAAUGUCCGCCGUUCAAGCAGAAAUGGGGCAACUGACUCAGCUGUCUAACAUUAUCAAUUCCAACACUAAUAUUCUUCAUGACGCUCUGCGGAAAGCAGACGCCGUCAUUGAAGGGUCGAGGAGCCACACUGUUCCAGAUAUCGAUGAACUACUAGUAGCCCCCACGGUAGUAUCCAACCAGUUGUACAGAGUAGUGGCAGAGGAGAGGGCACUGGGAGAUGCCAUAUUCAUGCUUGGCCGUGCUGUUGAGAGAGGCCGCAUAUCCCCCGCCGCGUUUGCGAAAAUGACGCGAUCUUUGGCAAGAGAAUGGUAUCUGAAGAAGGCUCUGGCACGAAAGAUUGCACAGGGCAUGGGGCUGAUCUUACAAGCAUAAAUGUGAGGCGUAUAAAUCCCAAUCCCAUACAUAGGUAGUAGUUACCUACCUUUUGAUAGCAAUCGUGUGGAUACAAUAGUGUGAUUUGAUACGCUUGAAACUUUUCCCGC